UGGCAUGUUGGCAUGGCGACACCUGACGUCUGUGCGUCUAAAAACAGACCGAGGUCUCCGAGUGCAGCCGGCCUCAACGCGCUGCUUCUUCUCCUGGAUUUCUGUCUGACUUGAAAACAGUUCCUCUUCCUCAUGGAGAGUCUGGAGAAGCAGCUCAUCUGUCCCAUCUGUCUGGAGAUCUUCAGCAAGCCGGUGGUCAUUCUGCCAUGUCAACACAACCUGUGCCGCAAGUGUGCCAACGACGUGUUUCAGGCAUCUAAUCCUUACCUGUCCACGAGGAGCGGCUCCACCGUGACGUCCGGCGGCCGGUUCCGCUGCCCGUCCUGCCGACAUGAGGUGGUGCUGGAUCGCCACGGGGUCUACGGACUACAGAGGAACCUGCUGGUGGAGAACAUCAUCGACAUGUACAAGCAGGGGAGCACCAGCAGACCCGUCCCCGAGGAGAAGCAGGAGCAGCCGAUGUGUGAGGCACAUGAAGAGGAGAAGAUCAACAUCUACUGUGUGACCUGCAGCGUUCCCACCUGUUCUCUGUGCAAAGUGUUCGGAGCCCACAAAGACUGCGAGGUCGCUCCUCUGGACAACGUCUUCCACAAGCAGAAGGCUGAGCUCACUGACUGUAUCUCCAUGCUCGUUGGUAACAAUGAGAGGACUCAACUUGUCAUCAUUCAGCUGGAGGAAACCUGCACAACUGUCAACGAGAACGGUCGACGGCAGAAGUCAAAGGUGUGCGAGACGUUCGACCACCUGUUCGCUCUGCUGGAGGAGAAGAAAGGUGAGAUGACGCUGAGGAUCAGCUCUGAGCAGGAGGAGAAGCUGGACUACCUGAGAGGUCUGAGGCGGAGGUACGGCGAACACCUAGAGAGCACCGCCAAGCUGCUUGAGACCGCCAUCCAAGCCAUGGACGAGUCUGAGAUGGCCGUGUUCCUGCAGACCACCAAACCUCUGCUGCAGAAGAUCGUGGAGGGCACCAACACGUCCCACAUCGAUAAAGUCCAACACGGCUACGAGAACAUGGAGCACUUCACCGCCGACUUUGAGCUCCAGAGAAGAUCGCUGAUGAAGAUCGACUUCAGCACACAUGAGCAACAAGAUGUGGAGGAAGACAAAGCAGUGGAGGCCAGAGGGAGGAGCCAAUCAGCCAAUCAGCAGCCUCCUCUGUCUCCUGUGCAGCCCACAGCACUUCAGCUCCCGGCCACGCCCCCUCAGAGGGGCGUGGCCGGGAGCUCCGAGACUCCGCCCACCAUGACGCCAAUGACAAAACCACCAGCCUCGUUAACUAUCCAAGCCACGCCCCCGGCGCCCACCCCCUCCACAAGCACCGCCCCUCACUCUGAUCAGCAGCAUGAGGAGGACGGAGACGGUACGAAGCACGUCUUCUCGUUCAGUUGGCUCAACCAGAAGUAAAACCAGGACCUGAUGGGCCUCCAGUCUUCUUGUCUGCUUCCUCUAUUAUCCUCUAUUAUUUUGUAUCAGUGGUGGCUGGUCUACAGAAGACCAGCCUGAGAGAAGACCUGGUCUACAUAAGACCAGCCUGGCAGAAGACCUGGUCUACAGAAGACCAGCCUCUGCCAAAAACAAAAAUAAUUCCUUUUUAUUAAAAAGACAUUUUUACAAAUAUUCAGUAUUUGUGUUUUUCAAACGUGGAUUAUAUACCCAGUAAUAUUUUUCAGUUACAAUAUCAGCACAAAAUAUCUGCUUUCCCUGCAGGUCGUCUCCGCGGGUCCCAAAGAGGCGGGGCUUAGAAGCAGUUAGCCAAUAACUGAUGAAGUGGAUGAGUGACAUUAUAAUUUCUACGCUGCGCUCUGUCAGGUCUGAUCUUUACUACACGACAGUUAUAUCAUAUGAAUAUUUGAUAUAUAUAUUCAUAGUUUUAUACAUAUUAAUAUACUGAGUUGAAUGAAUAAGAAGUCUUUAUUAUGUUAAACCGUUGGAAUCAAUAGCUAGCUCCAUGCUAACGGUGAACAAUGUUUCCAUCUUCCUCCAUGAAUGUUCUCACGCAUGUUUGACCAAGUGAGACGUUUCAUUUCUUUAAAAAAAAAGCGUUUAGCACUGAAGGAAAUCUAUUCUUGAACUUUGUCAGGGACAAAUGAUGAAAUGAGUUUGUGGAAAUAAAUACUCAGUGACGU